UCAGAGGUCCGCAGGUUAUGGGGACAGCAACCUAGAGGACUGUAUAGCUGAGCAUGACAUAGAGAGACAGAGAGAGAAGAGAACAGAAGGGAAAGGCUUGGAGGGGAACUCACUUCCACCACCUCUGUCCACAGCAGAGUCUGUUGGCUACCCAGCUAUACAGCCAUGUUUGGCAAAUUGAAGAGGAUGUUUAUCCCCCAACCCCCAGCAGCCCCGGUCUCUGCUCCAGCCCCGGCCUCUGCCUCAGCCGCGGUCCCUGCCCCAGCCCCGGUCUCUUCUCCAGCCCCGGCCUCUGCCUCAGCCGCGGCCCCUGCUCCAGCCCCGGCCUCUGCCUCAGCCGCGGCCCCUGCUCCAGCCCCGGCCCCUAUUCCAGCCCCGGCCACAGCCCCAGCUCCUGCACCUGCUAAGCAGGAACAUAAGCCUGCAGAUAAAGAAAAUGGGGCCAAGAAAGAGGAUAAACCAGCAGAGCCUGCACAUAACCCAGCCCCGGCUUCAGCCACUUCCCCAGCAUCUGCUGUGGCUCCAGCUGCAGCCCCAGCCGCUACCCCAGCCCCGGCCACUGCCCCAGCAUCUGCUGCGGCUCCAGCUGCAGCCCCAGCCGCUACCCCAGCCAACCCUGGCCAGGAGGAAGCAGAGGGGUAA